GGCUUUACAAGCACUGCGCCCUCCACGGGCUCAGCGUGUAUCUGGCAACACACAGAGCCGCUGUCACUGCUGCUGACGUCACUGAGGUCAGGUAGACGGAGCAAAGAUGGCGACCGCCUACGAGAGAUACAACCUGCACACAACCCCAGAGAAGUUCUUCAUCGAGGCCUGCGAUGAGGGGGCGGACGCUGUGCUGGCCAUCGACAGGGUCUCAAAUGAGAUGACCCUCACAGGUAAGAAAGACGUCCCCCCCUCGGCGGUCACCAGGCCGAUAUGUGGCAUCAUGGGGACCAUUCGCAUGGUAGCAGGGAUGUACCUGAUCGUCAUCACCAGGAAGAGGAACGUGGGCAGCCUGCUGGGCCACGCCGUGUGGAAGGCAGUGGACUUUGACGUGAUCUCUUAUAAGAAGACGGUGCUGCAUCUCUCAGAGAUCCAGUCUCAGGAGAACAAGACUUUCCUGUCCAUGAUCAACAACGUGAUGAUGACAGACGGCUUCUACUUCUGCACCGACUACGACCUGACACACACUCUGCAGCGGCUGGCCAACACCAGCCCCGACUUCCAGGAGAUGAGUCUGCUGGAGAGGGCAGAUCAGAGGUUUGUGUGGAACGGGAACCUCCUGAGAGAACUGGCUGCACAGCCAGAGCUUCACAAGUUUGCACUUCCUGUUGUCCAUGGAUUCAUCGUCAUGAAGCCGUGUCGUGUCAACGGAAAGAUCUUUGAGUGGAUCCUCAUAUCCAGGAGAAGCUGCUUCCGGGCCGGCGUCAGAUACUACGUUAGAGGCAUCGACUCCGAGGGCCACGCUGCUAACUUUGUGGAGACUGAGCAGAUAGUUUUGUACGAGGGAGCGAAGGCUUCAUUUAUACAGACACGAGGCUCCAUUCCCUUUUACUGGAGUCAGAGGCCCAACCUCAAAUACAAACCUAAACCUAUCAUCAACAAAACCACCAAUCACAUGGAUGGUUUCCAGAGGCACUUUGACUCUCAGCUCCUCAUCUAUGGGAAGCAAAGCAUUCUGAACCUGGUGAAUCAGAAAGGCUCAGAGAAGCCACUAGAACAGGCCUUUGCCAAGAUGGUGUCUGGCAUGAACAAUGGUAUGCUCAACUACAUCGCCUUCGACUUCCACAAAGAGUGCAGCCACAUGAGAUGGGACCGUCUCCAGGUCUUAGUGGAUGCUGUCGCUGAGACACAAGAUGAAUACGGUUACUUCAUGGUGAACUCGGAGGGGAAGACGGUGGCCCAGCAGAGAGGAGUCUUCCGCAGUAACUGCAUGGACUGCCUGGACCGGACCAACGUCAUCCAGAGCCUGCUGGCCCGACGCUCCCUCCAGUCUCAGCUUCAGAGGAUGGGGGUUCUGAAUGUGGGUCAGCGGAUUGAAGAGCAGGCUGAGUUUGAAAAGAUCUACAAGAACGCAUGGGCUGACAAUGCCAACGCAUGCGCUGUACAGUACGCCGGAACUGGAGCCUUGAAAACAGACUUCACCAGGACGGGGAAGAGGACCAGGUGGGGGCUGCUGAUGGAUGGCUGGAACUCAAUGAUCCGCUACUACAAAAACAACUUCUCUGAUGGAUUCAGACAGGACUCCAUCGACCUGUUUCUUGGUAACUUCGCUGUGGAUGAGUCUGAUGGACCGACUCCUCUUCGUGUGCAGAAGGACUGGAAGUUCCUUACACUGCCCAUCAUCAUGCUGGUGGCCUUUUCCAUGUGCAUCGUCUGUCUUCUCAUGGCUGGGGACACGUGGACAGAGACCCUGGCCUACGUGAUGUUCUGGGGGGCUGCCAGUGCGAUCACAGCCACCAUCAUCCUGUUUAACGGCCAAGACUUUGUAGACGCCCCCAAACUGGUUCACAAGGAGAAGCUGGACUGAGGGUCUGGACUUCAGGCUGAUCUGCUGCCUCCGUACUGCCCUCCAGACUCUCUCACCCAGACCCGUCUGUCUGCCGUCUGUCUACAGCACAUUUACCUUCCUCAGGUGUACUGAACACACCUCUUCACCGGGUUUACAUUUACUUUCCUACAUUCCUACAUACUGUAUCUUUAGGUUGGUUUAGUUGGUGUUAGGUUGUCAGUCAGACAGAAGGUUUGUGAUGGCACUUCAGUUAAUCGUCUGGUUUCCACACAAAGAAACUAACUCUAACACUACUGAUCAUUCUCUCCUUCGUUACACGCAGCUUUCUAUCGUGUUUCAUUACACACAUUUUAGUUAAAGUUCUGUUUUCAGUUCCUCCGGCUGAUCAGACCCCCAGUCAGGUUGAAGUCUGGUGGAGUUCUGCUGGAAGUGACAUGAUGCAGAGUGAAGGAGAUGUCUGCUCAUGUUCACAGUCUUGAGAAGAGGUUUUUUUUAUUACUUGUGGGCAGCGCAACAAACUGAAAAAUAUGAAGUUGAGAUGGUGAACAUGUUAGCAAACAGUCACAAACUGUGUUUAUGUGGUGUUGGGCCCAUAGCGUACGAAGGGUCAUCAGAGCUUUUUCACUGUGAUCAGCUGCCUGCUGCUGCAGGUUGAUCAGAGCAGAGGUUUGGACUGUAAAACCAAAACAAUGAGCUAAAAGAAGCUAAAAAAGCUCUGUGUUCAUCACCACAAAUGACCCCUUUACACAUUACACAU